ACCUCCAGGCGACGAGUUCACCGCAUUCAUUCUCGUCGGCAGAUGGCGGAUACAGUAGACGCCUUCCGUCAGUCGCGCAUAGACAACUCGUCGAGUACAGUGCUAUUCCGUUUCGCUCAGCACCAUUUUGUGUAUAUCCUUCGGAACGGGACAUUGUGUAUAUGUGCUCCGUGAAUAAUCGUCUUAGAAACACGAAAACAGUGUACGACUCGGUUCGAUCUAGUGUUUCGCUUUCGAUAUGCCCGCGGAGGGAUCGAUGUGAGAUCUCGGGCGCUCGUAGAAACCGCGCCUCCGUCAUGAGCGAGUGAUCGUCGACAUAAAAAAAGUUGACACAGGAAACAUGUCUGGGCGGACCGCCGACACGGAUGCGAGCGAAGGGUUCGAGUUCGAAAUUCGAAAGCGGUCAUGUCAUCGCCUCUCGGAUUUCGUAUAAGUCACCGUCCAAUGUCAAAAUCGUGCACGUACCGCGAGCGGCGAGCGUCCGGAGCCAGCGCGUGCAGACAAUGCAGUCGUUGGUAGUGUGGCUGGCGGUGGUGUCGGCGGCUUGGGCGCUGGUGGGCGCCUGCUCCAGCUCGAUCUCGAAGCGGCCGGCGCGGCCCGCAAGGCCGCAGCGCCCGCCGCCGCAGCCGCAGCCGCAGCCGCGCCUGAACGUGACCUUCCCCACCUUCAAGUGCGAGCCCGACUACUCGGAGUACUACUGCCUGAACGGCGGCGCGUGCUUCACGGUCGUCAUCUCGGACAGCCCCAUCUACAACUGCGAGUGCCGCAGCGGGUUCGUGGGCCCGCGCUGCGAGUUCAAGGACCUGGACGACUCGUACGUGCUGACGAGUCGACAGCUGAUGAUGGAGACGGCUUCCAUCGCUGGCGGCGCCACAGUGGCCGUGUUCCUCGCGAUCCUGGUGUGCUUCGGCGCUUGGGUGAGGCUCCACCGGCGAGGCAAGACUCCGCCGCCGGCCGAGCGGGGCCAUGUGCAGCUGGUGGCCGUGGCGGCGCCCCGAGGCCGCGUGCAGCUGUGCGCGCAGCCUCUGCAGUGCUAGUGGCCUGACAAACUUUAGCUGGUGUACAUAUAGUUAGAUUAUGUGUUAAGUUAUGUGAGAGAACGGGAGAUAUAAAAAAUUUAUGUGAUAAUUAAUUUACGAAGCUCAUAAUUUAUUUGAUGGAAUUCUUUGUACAUAUUCGAUCCGAGUUCUGAAGUGUAACGUUGGUAAAAUUUCAGUCAUCACCUCGGUGUCUGUGAAUCGUUAUGUGUAUUAUUUGGGUCAUACUCAGUGUAUUGGACUUGUGAGAUUAGCCAUGACCGUGUACCUACCGCUACUAGCUUCAAGUAGAGCCGUUAUGUUGUUGGCAUAGUACUGGAGGAUGUGGAAGAGCUGCUCCUCUGAUGCAAGCAACUUAACUAUAUAUGAACAUUCUUAUUGGAAUCCAAAGUGAUAAACUUGUUAUUGUACAUUGUUAUGUGUCAGAGAGGCAGAGCUGCCGUGCCUCUGGAUCCAGUGCAUGUUAUUGUUUGUAGAGAUUGUUUAGUAUGUGGCCCUCAGCCGUCGCAGCAUCCAAUGUUACUUGCCAGCUCUUGUAUUGUUAGAAGUGAUGCCACUCCACAUCUGUCACUGAGAGCAUACGGAAUGUAGUGAACAUGGUGAUGUAUGUAACGGGUGAGUCGGGGUGCAGGUCUCCCGGCUCCUGCCCUCCUCGGCCCGCUGUCUUGUUGUGAAUCGAUGUUAAUUGUAUUUAUAGUUGUAUGCGGAGACUUGUGAUGAGUUGUAUGCUUGUGAGCGGAGAGGCAGACAGGCACAUUCCACCCGCGGAUGGAGUAUUUCUCUGGUGUCAGUAUUAUAUUGUAAUACGAGUGUUAAGCCGACAGCUUUACUUUACUUUUUAACUUAUACUUUGCUAUCCCUCCGGGAUACAGCUGUAUUAUAUUAGUUGAAGGGCGAGAAGGCUUGUUGUAAAUAUAGCCCCUGUAGGUAUUUAUUAGAUAUUUAUGAACGUUUAUUUAUUGACUGCAUUAUUUAGUUACGAACCGGUGACGAGCCGCAUCAUCUCCUAACUAUUAACGGUUGCAUCUAUUAAAUAUCAAACCUUGCUAAGCACGGCCUCGCCUACAUCCUAUUCCCUGUAGUAAUCUCAUUAUGAAUCUCGUGUUUUGUAAAAAAUUGUAAAACAUUGGAUGGUGUCUAAAGGUUCCCGGUCGGUGCGAGCGGAUUCUUUCACUGCCUUCUUUAUAUCGUACAAACAUUGUUUAUUUUCUGUGGUCAACCGUUUCCUUUAUUUAUCUUAUUGAUAUGCUUUUGUUGAACCUGUCGAUUCCGCUUGCACUGUUCGAGGAAACAAAAAAAAAAGUAAAUUGUUAUUGAAAGUGUCAAGGAGACUGAUCCGCCGGUCCGCCCGUGAGCCCCGGAGCC